UGGUCUUUCCAUAUUUACUAUUGGGCAUUUUUUAAACCCGUCCUCAGAUUCUCCUUCUCCUCCUUGUGGCGUUACCUUAAGGCGUUUUGGAAGAACAGAGAUAUUUUUUUAUUCCUUUGACAGGAACUAAAAAAGGAGCUGAGAAACAUGGGUGCUUCCGAUAAGGAUUUGAGGGAGGAAGUGAUUCAAGCAUGGUACAUGGAUGAUAGUGAUGCAGAUCAGAGGCUUCCCCAUCACCGUGAACCUAAGGAAUUUGUAUCUUUGGAUCAACUUGCUGUACUUGGAGUACUCAGUUGGAGAUUGGAUGCUGAUAACUAUGAAACUGAUGAGGAAUUGAAGAAAAUUCGUGAUGAUCGUGGUUACUCCUACAUGGACUUCUGUGAGGUUUGCCCAGAGAAGCUGCCAAAUUAUGAAGAGAAGAUAAAAAAUUUCUUUGAAGAACAUCUUCAUACUGAUGAGGAGAUUCGUUACUGUGUGGCAGGAAGCGGUUAUUUUGAUGUCAGGGAUCACAAUGAUCAAUGGAUUCGUGUGUGGGUGAAGAAAGGAGGCAUGAUUGUGCUACCUGCUGGGAUUUAUCAUCGCUUUACACUUGAUACAGACAACUAUAUUAAGGCAAUGCGGCUCUUUGUUGGUGAUCCAGUAUGGACUCCUUACAAUCGUCCUCAUGAUCAUCUUCCUGCAAGGAAGGAGUAUAUUGAAAACUUUUUGCAGAAGGAAGGUGGUGGUCAAGCUGUUGAUGCCGCAGCAUGAAAUUAGCAUUUGCCUCUGUAUUGGGUCUUCAAAACUACUAUAAAUAGGAAACCCUGGAAUUGGUUGUACCAAACAAGUGUAGGCUUGUGUGCUUGUACUGCGUGGUUAUGUGUGGGUCAUUUUACUUACCUGUAUGGCUUGUUAUAUGUAGCUUGCUACAUUACUAUUCCAUACCAAGAACUGGCAUGUUAUUUGCUACAGUCUCGUAAUGAUCAAGUACAUUGUACAUUGCUGGUUGUGUUUUCUGCCUCAAAA